AUGGACGAUCUUAAAGUGGAUGAGGCUCUAGCCGGCAUCGUACAUCCAGAUGGAUUUUGGCAAUUUAUAGUCGUAAUCCUUACUGCACUCUCGAUUCCCGGCACAGCCAUCAUAUCCGUCUUUACCAAUUCAUCUCCCAAAUACCGCUGCCGACUAGAGCCCCAGAUAGAGGCCUGGCUACUCAAUGCCUCGAGCACGUCAAAUGCUACCCGCUGGGAUAUACGCAGCGUUGCUGAAUUUUUUGGACCAAAGUUAUCCCAUCCGACUGCCGUUAGAGCCUGUGAGGUUUACGCUGUGGAUCGACUGCAAAAUGCAACCAUUGAAAAACUGUUUCUCUACCAGAGCCAGACUCUACCACUCGUGCGAGACAAAUGUCCCUUCGGUUUUGUCUACGAAUAUGACUGGUACCAAUUCCCCGGAGGUCUGGUCGAAGAGUGGGAUCUGGUCUGUGAUCGCGCCUGGGAGGUACCUUUCAACGAGAGCAUUUACAUGUUGGGCAUGUUGAUUGGCUACCUGGUUGGCGGUUGGUUCAGCGACCGAUUUGGCCGAAGACUUGUCAUCCUCGCCUCGGAGUCUCCGAAGUGGCUUGUUGCCCGUGCACGAUACAGAGAUGCCGGAGAUGUCCUGUAUCGUGGGUAUCGAAUGAACGCGUACGUCAGAAACCUGUUUGCGUCUGUGUCAAAGCGGAGUCCGCUUGUGAGUCGAAAAGAAUUCUUCGCCCUGAUUGGCGUUCCUGACGAAUCGGUGAAGGACAAGUCUGCCGAGCAGGACAUUGUCAGGUCUGGGCACUUCGCCAGGCGCGCGGGGAAAUUCACAGUUUUUCAGCUCUUUAAUCGUACGAUGGUGGCUACGACUUUACUCUGUACAAUUCUCAUUGCUGGCCACCUAACCUGCGUGUUUGGAAUAGCCUUCUAUUCGGCAAAUAUACGUCUCUACACCUCCUAUGUGCUCAUGAUUAAUGCUGUCGCAUCCAUACCGGGAUCCUUGCUGUUCGCCGGUCUUUAUCGCUGUUUUCGAUUUCGCAAGAGGCCGUUAAUGGUUAUUUACCUCGUUACAGCAGCCGUUCUCUGGAUCGCUUCUUUGUACACAAUCAUUCUACAACCUAAAAACGACAUUGCACUUAAUGUCCUGAUGGCUGUUGUUACAAUGAUGUUGACUACCGGGUCUAAAAUGGUAUUUGUCUACGUUCCUGAGCUGUACAGUCCGGUCUACAGGAACCGUGGACUGGGGGUGUGUGCCGGUUUGGCCAGAGUGGGUGUAUUCUGGUUUCCUCUCAUAAAUCGCCUCGACUCUAGCGUCAAACACGGUUUUCCACUGACGAUCUACGCUGGCAUUAUUACCCUCCAGAUGGUUAUUCUUUGUUUCCUGAGGGACACCAACGGGGAGGCGUCGGUGACAGCAAGGGAAUCAAACUGUGAGAUCAAGAACAGUCAGUGGACCGAGUCCCCGGAGUCUUCAAAGGAGUGCAAGCCACUCGCAGCUACUUCGUAG